AUAUUUUGUCCACCUCUACUAAAACUUAAACCAUGAUCCGAAUUGAAUAUGUAUUUUAUAAUUUUCGGGUAAAAUGCAUAGGUUUAUUUCUGACAAAGUUUAAACAAAUAUGUUAUUCAUGUAAUAAAUACCGGCGUAAUUCGACUUUCGCCAAAUGUCGUCUAGUCUUUUACUUAAUGGGCCGGUACAUGGGCAGCAAUAACUUUCCCUCCAGCCCAUCGUCUGUUUCCUCAUUUUCUUGUACCAAUCACGCUGGUUUCAUACUCGACGCAGGUCUGAGGUCUCGGUCGGACGAAACACAACCCCGAUGUCUCACUGAGUCCACUCGGUUGCUUCACAUUCCAAGCGUUAAUUUUCGUCUUCUCCUGAACCGCAAGAAAGCUUAUUCGAUCAUCCUCUUCUGGUUUCGUUUCUGAUCUUUCUUAUGGGAGCACCCGUUAAAAACUCAAGUAGUGAUGGUGAGUGGACAGUGGUCUUACCUAGUAAAAGAAGACAAGGGAGGAGAAAACCAAAACCUAAGGUUCAUGAAGAAGAAGAGAAACCAUGGAAGUCAGAUGAUCUUGAAGUUGAUAUACAGAGGCAAGCGAGAUUAAAGAAGAAGAUGGAAAGCUCCAUCAAGAAACUCGAGAGCUCAAAAUUCUACACUGCUUUAAUAGAACAGCUCAAGUCUCCAGAAGUUUCAGACCAGUUUCGCCUCGUGUUAGGCACUGAGACACAGCUUCAGAUGGUGGUGUAUGGUAUAGGAAGCAUCGAAGCUUAUGAAUCUCCGAGGUUUCAGCUGAGCAUUGCGGUUUUGAUGAAGAGAGAGUUUGAUUGGGUUGGUAACAUUGAAGUAUUCGAUCCUAUCCUCUCGGCGACUGAAUCUAGUGUAAUAGAAUCUAUGGGAUGCACUGUUCUGUCUGUGAACGAGCAAGCUCGGAGGGAAGCUUUGAAGCCUACUCUUUUCUUCAUGCCGCACUGUGAGGCCAAUCUGUACAACAACCUGUUGCAAGCUAACUGGAGAGUGGAUCGAUUGUGCAGGAUUGCGUUGUUUGGGAACAGCUUUCAGAUGUACGAGGAGCAAGUGACUGUUGAUCCGGAAGUCAUCCGUGCCACUAAACGGAUCAUAGCUGCAAGAAGGAUCACUCGUGAGUUUGCCAUUGAGACGGUAUCAGAUGAUUAUUUUCCAGCGUUUCAUGACUCAAGCUGGCAUUUUUUCAGUUCCGGUUUAGAUUCCGAGCUGCCAUUGUUGGUUUCAGAGGGAUCAUAGAUCAUUGUUUUCAUAAUUUUAGCCAUAAUGAAAGGGACAAACCAAUUGAAGCCGUUGUUGAUGGUCUUCCGUUUAUGUCUGUCACAGUCAAUUUGAUUUGAUUCAACAUUCCAUUAGAAAAUGGAAAUGUUUUCACAAA